AUGUUGCCUAACGCUUCGUUAUCAUCAAUCGUCAAGGAAGAAAUAGGCCUGGAAGGACUCGAGGGAAGCACACUAGACACACUAUGGAACCAUAUUGCAAUCCGGCUACGUAUGCCUAUGCCAUUACCGCGGAAACUGAUGGAAUCGAUCUGGCUGCAGAUUUUGCCCAUAAGCGAAUUUGAAUUCUUUCUCCUGCCAAACGACCGCAAACCGUUCGCUCAUUUCAAUCGGGUAGGUAAACUGGAUCCAGAGACUGGCAUUGCCCUGCAACCGAGCGAAUACCCCGGACAUCGUUUUCGCUAUCGGCUGGUCGAGACGAAUGGCAUCAGGGGGUCAUGCGAAGACUACGACACACGUACGCCCAUCACGCGCGAGGAGUUAAGUAAGAUCCCGUGCGCGGAUGCUGAACAAAGAUAUAAUCGAAAGUUGGUGAUUGUGGCGUCCCAAAGGAUGCGUGAAUCGUAUCUUAUCGAUUCGAAUUGCACCGCCGAGCUGUCCGGAAUGCAGUACUGCAUGCUGGAGUGGAUUGGAAGGUCCAGGUUUAACGGCGAAACAUCGCACGGCAAACAUUCACUCAUCGAGGUUACCGGUGAUUCUAGCGCGCUGUUCUACAAUAGGAAGGCACUAACUAGUGCUAAGCUGAUCACCCGACAGAAUCUUUCGAUACGGAUAGACAACGUUAGUAUUCAAGGUUUGGUGUUUCAUCUGCCACGGUACUACAGUGAAAUGAAAUCGAAACAACUGCUCAUUGUGGAGCUUGUAGUCAAAGAGCUUAAAAGUCGGAAAAAUUACAUAGCCGAUUACGAGGAGAUAAAGUUGAUGAUGCUGAAAAAAUCCGAGGCUGGGAAAAUUUUUCGUACACCCGAAUUUCAACGCUACAUAAAAACGGACGAAACCGUACCAUAUCGGACGCUGUACCCAAACACACCGCCCAGCUCGUGGUACUCGAAACGCGGCGAAGAGAAACAAGUACGAGUGAUGCGACUGAUCGAUCCGGAGGCAGAAGUGUACGAUUUGUGGAAUCGUGACGGUCCCGAAGAAGGUGGUGCAGCGGACACCAAAGAGGGGUUUUUAUGCAGCGCAGACAGCAGCAUGCUAUACGUUGACUUGCCGCUUCUGCAGGUGGCCUACAACGCUAUAGCGAAUCAUGAAGGUGUGGGCAUCGCGCAAUCCGAACUGGCUGUCGCUCUCGGGUUAGAUCGUCUGAAUGUUCGUGGUGUAGUGAAAAACCUUACCAAACUGAAAGCGAUUGAGGGUCUGUCUUUCGACGAAGGCCGACAGCGUACGACUAAAUUUUUCAUUCCAGGCUCUUCACGACGGACGCAGGUGUUCGAGAAGGAAAUGUCCCAGUACGUAUCGAACCAGCUUAACGUGAUCGAGAGCCAAAGACAGAGCACUUCCGGUAGUAAAAGCGAUCCCGAGCUGACGGGUAAUGAAACGUUAGCGACCGAUGACAGCAGAAACAUUUGCGACAGCGAAGCGGAUACUUCGCUAUCUGUGACCGCCGAUUCGGAUGUGCGCAAACAAACGCACGCUUUCGAUAGCACACUGCACGAUAACAUCCAUACCGAUGUGAUACUGUCUGACAAGCUUCACCUGCGAAAGAACCCAACAGGCACCUCAUACGUGAUGAAAUCAAGAUCGAUCAGCGAGCUGAUGCUGAGACGCUGUAACUUUAUCAUCGAACUCGUAAAGCGGGAAGUAGCGAUCGAGCCUAGGACGAUUUUGAAACGGCUGAAAUUCGCAGAAAACGCAAAGGGCAAUCUGCACCAAGUGUGCAACAAGUCGCUUAUGCGCCUAAUCUAUCGCCUUGCCGCCGACAAGAUGAUCUUGAUCGCGAACGUCACGAUGAAGCUGGAGGAUCGAGAAUUUCAUCUCGUUUUUAUUUGUGAUCCCAAGAUUACGGUCGAGCACGCCGGCUUGCAGUCGAAGCUGGCAAUGGCGAAGGCGCGGAUAGUGCUUCAAACGCAACCGGCCGUCCCAGCCGAUCUCGCGCAACCGCUCUCGGCUUUGCAAUCCCACGGGUACCCCGGUAGUUUGCCGAAAUGCAUGCGCAUGCGUUUGUUCCACGAGUACGUGUUCUAUUUGGUGCAUGAUCAGCAGCGUGACGCACGCGAGUUGUGCAUUACCGAGCUGACGGCGAUCGACGUGACCGGGUUGGAUGCGUUGGAACUGUCGCCCAUCUACAGCGACACGAAUGAUUGGAAGAUGUUUAUACCGCCGCUGAAUCCGUACGAUGGAGGGUAUGAUUCCGGCUGGGUCAUGCUGACGGAUGUGUUUGUGCGCAUGCCGCUGGUCGUCUUUUGCUCGAUCUGCACUUUUUCGUUCUACACGAAGGAUCUCGAUCACUACCUGGAUCAUCCGGUGCGCCGGUACUAUCUGCUAAAGCAGCUACCGGAAACAAUCCGCAUGCAGUUGCUGAAGAAACGUCGCUACGUGCAGGCUGUGCUCGAGAUUGUGAAGCUGCUGUGCUACGCGGGGCUGCUGCAGAUGGGGCCACAGCUGCGAAACACGCGUGACCAGACGUACGUGUACGUCAACCGGUACGCCUGUAUGCUGGACACAUCAGAAUCGAAGGACGGGUACUACGAGAUUGAAAACCGCAACUAUCCGCUGCUGCCGUUCUGUUUCGAACAGAUGACCGACGUUCAGGGAUUCUGGGAUAAGCUACUGGAUGUGGCCACCGGGACGCGGCUGAACAUUCGCAACACGGCCAUUGGGCGGGAGGUGCUGAUCCAGCAGCUGCACACCAAACCGGCCAUGGUAGAAGCGCUGCGCGUGCAGUCCGAACUAUCGGCUCCGCUGAAUGAUCGCCCGGAGCGAUUGCCACCGGGUGACGGAAAGGGUGCGGCCGGAUUCGAUACAGCCAUGUUCAUGCACAUCAAGUCGAACUGGUCAAAGACGCUCAACUUCGCGCCGCACAUCGACAAGCACCGGCUGAAAAUUGUUCGCAAAUCGAUCAAGAUCAAGAAGCUGUAUGCCAGUGGCAACGGGCCAAGAAGCGGGGCCAGCGCGGUGUCGAAUGGUGGAAGGCUCACGCUCCGGAUGGGUACCGGAACGUCUGGCUUCCCAGCUACUGCUAGUACGGUUAAACGAGGAUCAGGAAGGAGACAGAUUAAGAAGCGCAUCAUUAAACCGCGCAAACCGAUGCGUCGUAUCUGGCGCCAAGGGUACGACGAAGUGGACUUGCGUGCGCUCAAACAGAUGAACAAGCUGCGCGUAAAGUGGACGCACGCCGAGGAUCAAAUCCUAGUCAUUUGCCGGGUGGCCCAGCUGUACCUGUACGGUCCAACGCAGAGCAUAACCUGUCCGAUCAAUUCGGCCACCUUCCGCGACGUGCUGCACUGGGCCAAUGCGCGAUCGACGUGCAAAACAUCUCGCGCCUGCCAGCGUCGCGUGCUCUACAUGACGAAGAAGCUGCAUGGUGUGGCGGACCUCGUGCGAACCUGCCUCGAGGAAACCAAACUAAACGCAACGGUAACCGAGCGUUACGGGCCGGGAUUCGUGCAGAAGCUGCGCGAACAAUUCCAAGAGCCGGAGGACUACAUGGUCGCGUCGUGUAUCCACUUCGUGCAGCUGGUGCACCUGAUACGGCAGACGUGUUCCAAGCUGCUGCGGGGAACGGGCACCUCCAAUAGUACUCCACGCAUCCACAGUCGACCUGAAGCGAGCCACCGGGCGUAUCACAGGUUGCCGAGCACACUGGACGAGUUGUACCGAAGGUACAGUGUGACCGAAACGAAUAACAGCAGCAAACACCUGAACUACGCCGCAAAUCCUUCGACAAUCCAGGAGCUGCAGAUGUACAAGCUGACGAUCCUGAUGCACAGCUCCGUCGUUAAUGGUCGCUCACAUGCCGAGGAACCGUUACAGCGCGUUUACCGCGAGUUCUCGGAACACGUUCUGGCCGGUGCCAUGCGGUUGAUGCGUAACUUUCACCUCGUCUCGCUGAACCAGCGGGUGAAGGGCGUCGGAACGAAGCUACUCGUUACGAGCACGGCCGUUACAGGUGAUCGUGAGCUGUUCCAUGUGUCGAUCCAUUACCAGCAGCAGCUGAUUACUUCGCUUCCUUUCGACCUGUUUCAACCGAUGUUCGGUCAGUACGUGCAGCUACUCGAUCGCAAGCGAUAUGAUGAGAUGCACGCGUGCGAGGACGACGCCAAAGGACUCGUGCUGCUCAUCAGCGAGCUGAUUGCCAUGGAUCGGGUCGAGAUGUGCAUCGAUCAGGCAGCGAAUUACAUCGAGAUGAAAGCGGGCUCAAAGGAAGCCGUACCGAAUUAUGCCGAUAUGCUUGCUCCGCUGGCUGGCCCUGAGAAGGACGCGUUUUCAGACGAUGCACCCAAACGAACCCGCGAAACGAAGUCCCUAAAAAGCUCCGUCAAGGCAGCAAUCGUCACACCUACUCGGACACCCACCGGAAAGGGAAGAUCGGUGCCAAAGAAAUUGCGCUUUUCUCCCGCAAAGGACGUUACCUUCCACUACGUGAUGCAUCCGGUCGAGCGGUUGUACAAGGUGCCAAUAGAAUACUUUCACUUUUUCUGUCUCUUGGUACACCUGCAGACGACAGAUCGUCGCUUGAUCGUGCAGAUGUUCAAGAUCGACGAAACUCAACCGACGAGCUGCUCGCUGGAGAACUGUGUGGGUGCGUCAUCGACGUCAGCGGCAAGCAGUGGCGAUCUGGUGUCCCGUUGUCUUGAGCUAAUGCGUGGCCACCGGGAGCAGCUGGUGCGCAUUCGACAGCAUGGAGUGGAGCGAUCGCAGCGCAAAAAUCGAAUCGAUUCCGCGAUGAUAUUUGACAUACGCGAAGAGAAUAUAUUGCUCUUCUUUGGCAAGUACAUCACCCAAUUCCAGCAACGGUGGAGUGCGGGCCACCGACGCGAGGUCAAUCGCCAGAGCCAGGUUUCGCAGGCGCUUGUCAAAGGCACCGUUGACAUGGCCGAGCUGAUCGAGGAUUGUUUGUGGUUUGACGACGAAUCGCCCGAGUACAACUGGCUCGACCGGUACGAGGUAUCGAACACGAUCGAAGAUGAGGACCCGAUUGAUGGGGAAACGGGUGACGAACCUUCGACCGACGCCGAAAUUAGCACGCUCAGCGAGAAGGUGUUCAAGUUGCACAACUUCUACGAAGUAAUGUCGAUGAAGAUGCACAUUCGCUUAAAAACGACGCCACUCUCCCGGUACACCGAGCAGGACCUUGCCGAUCGUGAAACGUACGGUCAGUGGAACGUACCACGGUGCUUCCUGUCGGAUGGUGUGAAACGGCGCCGGGAUGUGCUGAUUAAGGUCGCCAGCGAUGCGAUCUGGCCCGACAUGCAACAACUGGGACCGCUCAUAAAGGAAGCGAUGCCGCUGAUUGAACGAAAUUCGCACGCUAGCGCCCUGUUGGCGUACAUCGAGCACAAGAGCAGAUUCGGUGCGACCGCGUGCGAACUGGCCAAGAGCUUUCCAAAUCACGAGCAGCUGAAGCAACACCUGCAAACGCUGGUCAGCCUUAAGCUGCUGCUGCGAACCGGUUUCCGGAGUGUCACGUACGUGCAUUGGCAUUUUGCACCGGAUUGGCUAACCAAGGCGCUGAUUCCGGAAACGGAUCAAAAGGCGAUCGAGCAACCUUCCAGCGCUCAGUCAGCAGCGGUUGAGCAACCGGGCGGUAGUAGAACCCGGCGAGACAAGCGCAAGAAUCCUACGCCACUCGGGGAUGAAGAAGACAUCACGGUGAAGAAACGAAAGUCCAACUACUCAGAGCAGACAACCAAAAGCCGUUCGAUUGACACGCGGACGGAAAAUCAACCGACCGAUGAGCAGCCGGAAAAGCAGAGAGAUGCGAAAAAAUACAAAUUCAUGCAGCUAGCGAUGGCACCCUGGAUCAGUAUCGAGGGCAAGAUCAACAAGCGUGUUCUGUACCGAUGGUUAAGUUCGGUUCUGCUGUACUGUGUAGCCCAUCCGGGUGUUCUGAUGAGCGUGCUCAACGUGCGAUUCAACAUGUUGUCACCGUUCCAUCUCAGGCAGCUGUUAGAGAUACUUCAAGAGUACGGCUGUGUUAGCCUUCAUUCCAUGGAAUGCCAACUGAAGAAGACUAUAUUUUCUGUCUUCAAGCCGAUUGGAAUCGUGCCACCAACGGAGUUUGCUCCCGAUGAGAAAACAUUUGUCGAAUCGGCACCGGACGCGCUGAGCACGCUUUCACUCUGCAUUGGGGAGAACCGUAAGUACGCGCAAGACUUCUACGACGGUUCGCGGAAACACAUGGUAACAUAGGGAUGAUGGCACGGUGGCCAAGAUGAACAGGCGGAUGCAAUCAUCGUGUAUGCGUGCAUUUAUUUC